CCCUUUAUUAAUACGUUUCCCCAGAAUUAUACCAAUCGAAUCCUACAUCCGUCAGCAGCCAUUACACCAAAACCCAUCAAAAAUCUUGAACUGAAUUGAGUUGAUCAAUCCCUUUCUUAUUGAAUUUACAGCUGAGCUUUGGUUUUGAUCUCGAGAACAACAGCUAUGGAGUUGUUCCAGAGAGCUAAAGCCGUUCGCCUGAAGAGCUCCCACGACAAGUACUUGACAGCGGAGGAAGACGAGGAGUCCGUCACCCAAGACCGCAACGGGUCCUCCAGGGCAGCCAAAUGGACCGUCGAAUUCGUCGACCACUCCGAGAAUGUUAUUCGCCUCAUGAGCUGUUAUGGGAAGUACUUGACGGCGUCGAACCAGCCGUUUCUCCUCGGGAUGACGGGCCGGAAAGUGGUGCAGACGCUGCCCAAGAGGCUGGACAGCUCCGUCGAGUGGGAGCCGGUGCGGGACAACGGCGCCGUUAAGCUGAAGACCAGGUAUGGGCAGUUCUUGAGGGCGAACGGGGGGUUGCCGCCGUGGAGGAACUCGGUGACACACGAUAUCCCGCAUCGGACGGCGACGCAGGAGUGGAUUCUGUGGGAGGUGCAUGUGGUGGAGAUUCUGGAAGCUCAGUCGCCGGCGGCGAAACCGGCGCCGCCAUUGGUGGUGGAGAAGGAGGAGUCUUUUGCUUCGGAGUCCAGCUCUCCGGCUAGAAGUCAUUCCUCGUUGUCUGCUGGCUUUUCCCGACAAGAGUCAAAUGAUUCUUUUGUUAGCUCGCCACCAAAGGGCGGCGAUGGAAGGUUGAUAUAUUUUCAUAUAGCUGAUGAAUACGGGCAAAUAGACGAUGGUUUUGAAGAACUUUGCAUCACGUUUAAGGGCAGUGGAGUGGACGAAUUGACGAGGAGGCUGGAGGAGGAGUUGGGAGUUGAUGGUAUUACUGUGUGUGCACGGAGUCCGUUGAAUGGGAAGCUCUAUCCUCUCCGAUUGCACCUUCCUCCCAAUAAUGCGACUAUGCAUGUUGUUGUCGUUCCACCGUCAUCACAAGUGGGUCAAGAUUUGGAGGGAACAAGAAUGCUGGUGUAGGAGGGAACGAGAAAUCUCAACAAUUUUGGUCAAUAAACUGCGAACUAUGCAUGUUUACAACUCUGCUUCAGCCUUAUUCCUAUGCUUGCGUGAUGAUCAGUGAGUGUGUGCUUCCUUAGAUGCAUAAAACAUUUGUAUAUACAAUCAAGUAAUUGAAAAUGCAGACUGUUCUAUUUUGAUAGCUUCUUAUAGUGUUCUAUUCUUUAUUCUUUUGCUCAUUUUCUCCCUCUGGAAUGUAGCGCUUAUGCUGAUUUUGUAGCAAAUCUUUGUAUUAUGACCCGUAAACAAAUGAAAUUUUGAUUGAUUUC